UUUGGGUUCUUUCAGAAUUUCAGAGGGGUGAUGUAGAGAAAGAGCUACCGAAAUCAAAACAGUUUGAGUAAGAGUUUCCAAUUAAAUCAUACUCCCAUCAUACAUUUGCAAAAGGAUUCCAUUGUUGAAUCUGAAAGAAAGAACACAGAAAGAAAGAUGUCGAAAUUUCUAGGAAAGAUAGCAGGGUUAUUCAGCAAGCGGACAAUGGUGGGCAUGGACAAAGCUGGGAAUCGUUAUUUCACUCGAAAUGAAUCCGUUGAUGGAGUCAUGAAAGAAAAGAGAUGGGUGAUAUUUAAGGGAGAAGAAGAUCCUACGUCAAUUCCAGUUGAAUGGAUAUGUUGGCUUAACGGACAACGCAAAAAAUCUCCAACUCCAGAGGAGAUGGCUGAACUUGAGGCCAAGCGUGAAUUUGUUAGACAAAACGUUAUGCGUUUAAAGAAAGAAGAAGAAGAAAGAAGAGCUGUUCAGGGCAGUACCCUCCAUGCCAAGAUAGCUGGCAAUGUUGGAGGUCCAGAUUUACAGAGUUACCUGCGGCAAUUACAGAGUUCAGAAGGAUCUGUACCUCAGGAAUCAUCUGGCAAUUUGAGCGAAUCUGAGACAGAGAAAGUAAAAACAGAAUCACCUCAGGAAACAUUGGAACCAAGGACUACGGAGCCAACAGGGUCAGGUCCUUCUUUCAAGCCUGGAACAUGGCAGCCACCAUCGUAGUAGCCAAUUUGGUGUUUUCUUGAGCUUCAUGUCAACUGCGCAGCUCGACUCUAAUAGUUUGAUGAAGUUGAUGGUCACAUGCUUCAUUUAUGUCAUUAAAUCAGUCCUCUUUUUAUUUAUUUUUUUUAUUUUUUUAUUUAUAUUUAUUUUUUAUUUUUUCUUUUCAUCUUUUUCUACCUAGAUAGUAGAUUUCUCAUACUUUUAAAAAUGCAGUUUGCAGAUGGAAAUGUAUAGCUGUGUAAGGUGGGCUUAAGGGCUGAAGGGUGGAAUAAGACAAUGAAUUAUAGGUUUUGUUUGUUUUUUAAAAUCUUCUUCAUUGUCAUGAAAUUUUGUCCUGUUCAAUGUAAAACUAUAUAAUUAUGUCUAAAAUGUAAAAUGUUUACCUCUUCUUGCAUAGAGGACACUGUUUUAUGAUAACAGAAAUAAUUUUGUUUUUCUAA